AUGGGUGGCUUCCUUCAAUGUGGUACCUUCCCUCCGAUUUCUUUGAAUACUUUCUGCCUCCCACGCCUGCAAGGUGGACUUGGUGUCAUCGAUCCUAAGACGCAGCAGAGCGCUCUGCAACUUCGUUGGCUUCAACUUAUCGUUUGUUCUCUUCGGCUUCCGCCUGGUUUGGUCCCGCGCUGGAUGUUUGGCUUACUACAGGCUUCACUCCCUUCUCUUUCUCCGCUCUUUCCUCUUCUAUUUCCAAGUAUACAUCCUUCUGGAUGGCAGGAUCUUACCUCUCCUCUGCACUUAGUCUUCACUGCCACCGACCGUCUGCCACACAACUUUGAUAAUGUUGUUCUGUCACCAUUGUCCCUGCCUCCCAAGCACGCUUCCCUUUAUCCUGUUCCUUGGUCGAGUUCAACUCAACUCAACACCCUCACAUUCCGUUUGAUCAUUGUCCGUGCUUGUUGCUCUCUUCGUGAAUUGGCCGAAGAAUAUCCGUCCUUGUCCAUUCAAGAUGGCACAUCUAUUGGCUUAUAUCUUCUCAGACUCGGGCUCGUCUUUCCACCCGCACUUUCCACGGGCUGUGUUCCCACCAUCUCGUUCGUGCCCGCUAUUCCGAUCACCCUCUUGACUCUCGCCAUUGGCGCAAAUUUUGGUCUUUCCCUCUUCCUCUUGUGGCUUGCAAACUUUGGCUUCGUGGCCUCCAUGACAAGACUUCCUGCCGAGCCCAUCUUCACUUUCUGCUUCCUCUUGCUUUUCCUUCUCCUACCUGCUCUAUUCGCUCCCUAUCCUCCGACUCCCAAGACCACUUCUUCUUCACUUGGCCUCUCAAAAACGCGGCGUGGAUCGGCAUGUGACUGGAAUUCUUUGUGGUCCCUCGAUAAUUUCAAGGUACUUAGUUCCCGCCUUGGCCUUGAAAUUAUCGAGGGACCACUGUAUAUGGCGUCAUCACUGGACUUUCAUCUUUGA